CAACUAUGCAACGCCUACGGAUAUUCAUUGGAACCGGACCGGUGGGGAAUGCUGUCCAAAUGGGUCCACUGAGCUUGGCAGCGGCCAUGCUGCUGGCUACACUCCUUGUUGGAUGCCAGUGCCAGAGAAAACUCCCGUCCUCGCCUCAGCAGGCCGAAUUCAAUCGUGUUUACAGCGGCGCCGUGAGCAGGACUACGGAGAACAUCUACAGCUUCAGCUACACCUCAAGAACCGGGCAGGUAGAUGCCAUCCGUGUCUUUGCCAGUGCGGAUUCGAAAGACUUGCACUAUCCAGUGAUAUUUGUUGUGCGUCAGGAGAAAGGUGUUUUGUCAUGGCAAGUUCCGCUUGUACUGAGAGGACUCUAUCAGAGGUCAUAUAAGUACCAAGAAGUCAGCCGUACCUUGUGCCCACUGGAACCUGAGGAAGAGGAGUUAUCGGCAGAGCAUAGUCUGUUCAUUGAUGUGGCCUCCAUGGCACCAGCCAACGUGCAUUACCAGCUCCUCGUCACCUGGACAAAACAUUUCACUCUGGAGACUGGAGAAGCUUUCAACUUCAGUGCUACUCCAUCCCAGCCGCAGUAUUUCUUGUACACAUUUCCUGUCAGAGUGAACUCUGUGGUGAUUCAAGUGGAGGCAGAGCAGGCACAUCCAUGUACCGUUGUGUCCGUUCAGGACAUUGUGUGCCCAGUUUAUGAUCUUGACCACAAUGUGGAGUUCAUAGGCGUGUACCAGUCUAUGACCAAGCAAGCUGCAAUCACAGUGCAGAGAAAAGAUUUUCCUGAUGGAAAAUUCUACAUUGUGUUUGUUGUCAGACCCGAGGACUAUGCUUGUGGGGGCUCUUUCACAACAGAGGAAGGUAAAGGAAACAGCAGUCAUACUGGGGAACACAGAAAGGACCUCAGAAUUACAGUUGUGCCUGCUGUUAGCGAGUCAGUAUAUAUCCAUGCCACACUCUUGUCUUUUCUCAUCUUCCUGAUGUUCUAUGGAGGAGCUCUGCUUGUUACUUUCACUCAGUAUGCAUGUGCUCACCGAAGGGGUGCAGAUGGAGUGUGCGGUCCUGAUGAUGAAGGUGCUAAUAUGGUGGCAUCCUUUCAUCCCAUUGACAGCAGUGGCACAGAAGAAGGUAGCUAUGGGGCAAUCGAAGAAUCAAGCUGCAGAACCCCAGCUAGUCAUUCCUCAACACCGCAAGACACAGCUCGAUGUCGAUCUUACUCUGACUCUUCAGCUGAGGAAGACAGUGACUUUGAUCCAGUUCACAAUUUUGACAUGAACAAAGAUGUCACAAGGACCAAGACAUUCCUCUAUGUAUCAGACUUGGCUCGCAAAGACAGUAAAUCUAUCAGGAAAAAAUACCAAGUAUAUUUCUGGAACAUAUUGACCAUUUCCGUGUUUUAUGCACUCCCAGUUAUCCAGUUAGUCAUCACUUAUCAGACGGUUGUGAAUGUUACAGGCAACCAAGACAUUUGUUACUACAAUUUUCUGUGUGCUCAUCCGCUUGGAGUGUUAAGUGCCUUCAAUAACAUCCUUAGUAAUGCUGGCUACAUCAUGUUGGGAUUCCUUUUCCUUCUCAUUGUCCUUCAGAGAGAUAUGACGCACAGACGCGCACUCGAAGUCAAGGACAUCUAUGCCACGGAGUGUGGAAUUCCUAAACAUUUUGGCCUUUUUUAUGCCAUGGCAGUGGCACUGAUGAUGGAGGGAGUGCUUAGCGCAUGCUACCAUGUUUGUCCAAACUACUCCAACUUUCAGUUUGAUACUUCCUUCCUGUACAUGAUAGCCGGCCUGUGCAUGCUGAAGCUGUAUCAGACUCGGCACCCAGACAUCAACCCCAGAGCUUAUGCCGUUUAUGCCAUUUUUGCCCUGGUGAUUUUCCUGGCAGUUCUUGGUGUGAUAUUUGGAAAGAAUGCUACAUGGUUCUGGAUCCUUUUCUCUGCGGUUCAUGUUAUUGCCUCAUUAGCUCUCAGUACACAUAUUUACUACAUGGGUCGAUUGAAAAUAGAUGUCGGAGUGUUUAAGCGUAUUGCGCUGGUGCUAUACACAGACUGUAUUCAACAGUGCAAUGGACCCCAAUACAUGGACAGAAUGGUUCUUCUCAUCUUAGGCAAUUUGGUGAAUUGGUCUUUUGCUAUUUUUGGACUGAUAAUGAGACCUAAAGAUUUUGCUUCAUAUCUUCUUGGCAUCUUCAUUUGUAAUCUCUUGUUGUAUCUGGCUUUCUACAUCAUUAUGAAGCUCAGAAGUUUGGAGAAAAUUCGAACAAUUCCAUCAUUCUGCAUCAUUGCUACAGCAGUGCUGUGGGCAGCUGCCCUUUAUUUCUUCUUCCAGAACCUCACAAGCUGGGAGGAGACCCCUGCAGAGUCACGGGAACUGAAUCGAGACUGCAGCCUGUUGCAUUUUUUUGAUGAUCAUGACAUUUGGCACUUUCUGUCUGCUACGGCCAUGUUUUUUUCCUUCCUGGUUCUCCUGACUUUAGACGAUGACCUGGAGUUUGUGAGAAGAGACAGAAUCCUGGUGUUUUGAUUCUUCACUGACAAAGAAAUUCUGCAUUCUGAGGAGCAGGCUACAAGGCAGGCAACUCUGAGGGGAAGCCCUGAAAAGUAACAAAAAAAUUAUUAAUGCCUUCUUUGGAAAAUAAAAAGGGCAGUGCUGGUCAGUGUCACUCGUGUAAACCCUGCAGGGAGUUUGCAGUGCUGGGCAGUGGCCGCUUGUGAUUUCAGCUCUAACCCUUGCUUCUCGGAAGAGUGCAUGCAAAUAAAGUAAGGUGGAGCCAUUAGAAUAAAAAAGACAAACUAAAAUGGUUCAUUCUGAAAUAUGGUAGUGCAGUGCUGCAAAACACUAAACAUGAUGAGGAGUAUCGUGAGGUUGCUUUGGGUAUUUUUGAUCUUUAAUUUAAAAAUGACUGUUUCUGUGGGGCAAAACUGUCACAAGUGUACUUUCAAAAGUCAUACUAUCACAGAUUGAAACAAGGGAGGUUUUCGCCUUGUCAGCUUUAAAUUCUUCAUAUUUAUCUAUUUCAUCCAGCCAUUCUUCUUGAAUCUGAGUGUACUUCCCUCCAUGAAGAUGAUCAUUUUACUGCUUAAUUUCUCCUACUCUCGUUUUUUUCAAGGUGAAGUGCCAAAAAUAGCUCAGCAAUUGGUGAUUAUGGACAUUCGAUAGCGCUGACGGCAAUGUCUGAUUAGUAAAGUAUCAUUCACAGGCCUAUUCUGAUUUAAUCUACUGCAUUGUUUAGCCUCUCUCUGAUGCUUUUACUCUGAGAUAAAAUUUGAAUAGUAGCAUUUAAUUAACAUUUAUAUCUUGUACUUCAACCAAAUCUUGUAAUUACCUUAACAAGUUAAAAGCCCAGCCAGAAAGACCCUUUAUCAGGCAGUGCAACUUGGAAUGUGUAUACUUACUAAAGUCUUAGCAUGUUAAAGGUGGACUGCUUACAACCCAGCAUAAUGAGUCUGAAAUACCGAAAACCACUGAGAGACUUCACAUCUCAGCCAGUGCCUCCCUCAUCUCUUCCACCCAUGCACUAGUCCAUUUACACUUACUGACCCACAAGUCCUCCUGUAAUAAGUUGGGACUGUACUGUAGGUGAAGCUACCCAUUAUGUUAGGACAGGCCUGUUCAGCUUCCAUUAAGACCAUUAAGUGUCAGUGUUGAUAGACUGAGUUUGGCCGAAAGCAUACACCAUGUCAUCAAUGAUCUAAAGAAUUUUAUAGUAAUAGGAAGAUCAAUGUUCAAAGCCAAAGUAGCUUGUUUUUGUAGCAGCCACCUUCAAACAGCUUAACGUCUGUAUUUUGCAAGAAUGACUUUCUAUCCUGUUAAUAGGAAGUGUUUAUGGAAGGAUGUGCAGUUCACCCGAUGUUAGUCUGCCUGGCAGAAUAGCCUAGAAUCAUGAACAGAGUACAAAGCUGACAAAUGCUUACACCAGUGGUAGUCAACCUGGUCCCUACCGCCCACUAGUGGGCGUUCCAGCUUUCAUGGUGGGCAGUAGCGGAGCAACCAAACGGCGCUGCGAUUACAUACUAAUUGACUAAUUUAACUAUAGUAAGUUGUUUUAUAAAGAUUUAUUCUGCCAAUCUUAGCGAAAGUCCAACAUAAAGUACUUGGUAAGUAAUUAUUAUUAUAUGCUUUAACUUGCUGUAACUCUGCUUUAUAAAUUUUAUAAAGUAAAGUUACUUCCCUACUUUAUAAAUCACCAUUACUGUGGAACCGGUGGGUGGUUAGAAAAUUUUACUACUAACGGAGAUACAAAAGUGGGCAGUAGGUAUAAAAAGGUUGACUACCCCUGGUUUACACCAUAAACUAUAAAGAUGUUAUUAUUGCAAAGGGUGGCUCUACAAAAUAUUAAAGUGUGAAUAUGCAUGCAAACAGCAGGAUUCUUUUUUUGUAUUUUAAUAAAUUACACAUUGUAUUAAGU